UCGGUAUUUUCCGUGUUAUUUCGGUAGAUUCCGGAAUGUCACGUUCCCGACCAUGUGACCAUGAUAAAUGACCACGUGAUCGAAAUCUGAGCUGAUACAAAGAUGGCCGAACAAACGCGCAAUCGUCGAGGCAGAUUUGCAUCCUUAAAAAAAGAACCAGCUAAGCAGAAAGCAUAUGAGCUGAAAGAAGAACAUAGCUAUGUAGCAACUGAUUAUGUUGAAGUUAAGAGUUGCAAGACUGUGGAUGGGAGUUGGAAGGAAGGCAGGCGAGUUGUUGAAUUUGCCGUGUUGUUGGAGGGACUGCGGUUUUGCAAAUCGUGUCGACUUGGCCCUAUUCCUUUAACUAUAGAGAACGUCAUUGGCGAAUUAAAGAAGGGAUUAGGAGGAUAUCUAAAAGUGAAAUGUUUGAACUCUGAUUGUGGUCACGUGAACUGUAUAGCGUAUGGAAAAUUAGUGAAAGGGAGCAAACAGGGUGCCUCAACUUUUGCCGUGAAUACGAAGCUUGGAACAGCCAUGAUCGUCACAUUGGGAGGCCCGAAUAAAGUCAACAACAUGCUGGCAGCUUUGAAUAUACCCACUAUCAGUAAUAGUAAACUGAAGAAAAUGGAGAGGAGGGCAGGGUCAAGCAUUGAAAAAGUGGCGUCUGAGUCAAUGGAAGCUGCAGGCAAAGAAGCAUUUCAGAGAGAAAUGGAGGACAUAGCUGUGUGUGAGUGUUUGGAAGCAGAGAAGUCAACAAACAUUCUUAUAAAGGACCUUGGGGUUUCUGUUCUUCCAGAGGCUUCUCCUAUGAAAGAGCUAAUGAAGAAGGAGGUCUUUCUCCAGGCUUCCACACAGAAAAGUACUCUAAGAAGUGUAUGAAUGAACGCAAGCGCCGAAUGGAACGCUCCAGUCUUCCUUCGUCCAAGCGUCGCAGACUCACAUUGAAACAAGAGAGGUGUAUAUGUAAAGGAGCAACUGAAGUGCUAGAAGGUGCCACAUAUCAGUCAGAAAUUGGUCUUCAGAAUGAUGUUGAUGUGGAAACAAUACCGGACGCUGUACCACGUGGUGAUUUUAAGCCCCUGAAACUUCAAAACUCGAUGCCAACAUUUGUUGUAUUAGACUUGGAGACUACAGAUCUUAUACGAAGUGGGAAAAUGCCUCAUUUGACCCAGAUUGCUGCCAGAGAAGUAAAUAGUGGUAGUGAGUUUUCAACUUAUGUUACACCGAAG